ACACACACACAGUAAUAACACAUAGUAUUCGGAUCACUCAACCCUUCGUCUGUUCUUCAUAAUCUAUCUAUACCACGCAGAACACAGGUACACUCUCUCACACACACACUGACACACACAGACAGAUGGCCAACCUGCAACCUGGGAACAGUGGUCUCACAGACCGACCACAAGUACCUAUUCCAGCUUUUGAUCCCCCGACGAAACCAAAGAGAAACAAGUUUGCUUUUGCUUGUGCCAUUUUAGCUUCAAUGAAUUCCAUCUUAUUGGGCUAUGAUAUUGGAGUGAUGAGUGGAGCAACAAUCUACAUCAAGAAGGACCUGAAGAUCAGCGAUACACAAGUGGAAAUCCUGGUGGGUAUACUGAACCUCUACUCUCUUCUGGGGUCGGCCGCAGCAGGCCGAACCUCGGACUGGAUCGGGCGCAGGUACACUAUAGUCGUCGCUGCUGCAAUCUUCUUCGUCGGCGCACUAUUGAUGGGUUUCGCCCCAAACUAUGCAUUUCUCAUGUUUGGCCGCUUUGUCGCCGGACUCGGUGUCGGCUACGCUAUCUUGAUUGCGCCCGUCUACACCGCCGAGAUCUCACCGGCUGCUUCCCGGGGCUUCCUCGCAUCUUUCCCGGAAGUCUUCAUCAACGCUGGUAUCUUACUUGGAUAUGUAUCUAAUUAUGCAUUUUCCAAGCUCCCAACUCACUUGGGUUGGCGACUCAUGCUUGGAAUCGGAGCUAUUCCAUCAGUUUUCCUGGCAAUUGGUGUGCUAGCCAUGCCCGAGUCACCACGUUGGCUCGUCAUGCAGGGUCGACUCGGAGACGCGAAGCGAGUCCUCGACAAAACAUCAGACUCGAAAGAAGAGGCUCAGCUCAGACUCAACGACAUAAAAGAAGCCGCCGGUAUUCCCCAGCACUGGAAAGACGACGUCGUUACUCCCCCAAAACUCAGUCACGGCGAGGCCGUAUGGAAAGAUUUACUCCUCCAUCCUACACCGGCCGUUCGUCAUAUAUUGGUCGCAGCCAUCGGCGUACACUUCUUUCAGCAAUCAUCCGGUAUAGACGCCGUCGUUUUGUACAGCCCCAGAAUCUUUGAAAAGGCCGGCAUCACAAACGACACAGAUAAGCUACUUGCGACGAUGGCAGUUGGGUUCGUCAAAACAAUGUUCAUCUUGGUGGCCACUUUUUUCCUGGACCGGACCGGACGGCGACCUUUGCUUCUCACUAGCGUGGCUGGUAUGAUCGUUUCUUUGAUGUUACUAGGUGUGGGUUUAACCAUCAUCGAUCACUCAGACGGUAAGAUAACCUGGGCCGUCGCUCUAUGCAUGAUCACCGUGUCAUCAUUCGUGGCUUUCUUCUCUAUCGGGAUGGGUCCCAUCACCGGUGUGUACACCUCGGAGAUAUUUCCGUUGAAGCUACGAGCUCAAGGUUUUAGUGUGGGAGUGGGAGUUAAUAGGGUGACGAGUGGGGUCAUCGCGAUGACUUUUAUAUCUCUAUAUAAAGCCAUCACCAUUGGUGGGGCGUUCUUUCUCUUCGCAGGGAUCGCGUCAGUGUCUUGGUUCUUCUUUUUUACGUUCCUCCCGGAAACACAGGGUAGAACCCUUGAAGAAAUGGAGACAUUGUUUGGAGAUUUUUUCAAGUGGAGAUCAACUGCGAAGAAACUAAAGAAUUCGAAGGAGAUUUACGGUGACUCUAACGUUAGCAUUUAGAUUCCGAUGGGCACUAAAGUAACAACCAAAGUUAGGUUGAGUAAGGGGUAGUUAGUUUAAUGUGCGUUCGUUGUAAGGUCUUGUAUGUCAUUUAAAGGUAUUGUUGGCCCCUUUCUUCAUUUUUUGGUUAAAGUGGCCUUUCUUCAUGUAAAUUAUGUAAUGAUAGUAUUUUGAAUCAAAUAAAGAAAGAUCGCAGUGUGGUGGGAGUGGAUUUAUGAAGAGGUUACAAUUUGUUGGUUUUGUA